UCUGCAGACCUCGCGGCAGGUAGUCAGGGCCGGCUUUCCUUGGAUUCGUCUGCUCCUCAAGAGUAUACUCUUCAACAAAACCCGGUUAGCGACGGCUACUAUCAGAGCCAGACACCGAUUGGCAGCAUGAACCAAACUCAGCCCUACAUCGAUGUCCACUCAUCGCAUCUAUCAUCCGCCCAGCCGUACGCAUCCCAUGCCGCCACAGCCGGAGGAAUCGCUCAUUACCCCCAAUACCACCAGCAGCCACCGGUCCUGCAGCCAGCGUCAACCACAUAUGGACCGGCAAGCUCUUACUCUCAAUAUGCCUAUCCUGGCGGAGUGACAUCCUCUCAGGGAGGCCCACAACCUCCAACGACGUCAAUGAGCGGCGGCGUUCCAGCCCAGCUGUUACCCCUACCAGCCCCUCCGGGCUACGGAAACACGACCGGCACCCCUUUGCAAGGAUAUGUUUACGACAUGACUGGCCAGAUAGCCCCACCAGGAGCAAAGCCACGCGUUACUGCCACCUUGUGGGAGGAUGAAGGCAGCCUCUGCUACCAGGUGGAAGCCAAAGGGGUUUGUGUGGCACGCAGAGAGGAUAAUCAUAUGAUCAACGGCACAAAGCUUCUCAAUGUCGCGGGAAUGACCAGAGGUCGCCGGGAUGGCAUCCUGAAGAGCGAGAAGAUCCGUCAUGUUGUCAAGAUUGGUCCGAUGCAUUUGAAGGGCGUGUGGAUCCCCUUUGAGCGUGCCCUUGAAUUUGCCAACAAGGAGAAGAUCACAGACCUACUGUAUCCUCUUUUUGUUCACAACAUCGGUGGCCUGCUGUACCACCCCACGAACCAGAGUCGGACGAAUAUGGUAGUGCAGGAGUCGCAACAACGGCGAUUGGAAGGCCCCCAAGCUGCACGAGCAUCUCAGGGGCCCCAGCCCCCGGCUUUGCACCACCAUCACUCGUUGCAAAGUACGGUCCCCUCUCACAUGCCCCAACCCCACACCAUGGCUUCUCAGGCCGGUGCUCGACCAGCGCUUGAUCGAGCACACACGUUUCCCACGCCCCCGGCCAGUGCCUCGAGCCUCAUCCCCAUUACCAAUUCCAGCAACUCCUAUGAUUGGAACAAUCAGGGGAUGAACUCUGGAGUCCCAAACUCCCAGCCGCUCUCCAUUGAUACGGCUCUCAGCAAUGCCCGGUCAAUGCCGACGACACCCGCCACUACACCCCCGGGUAGCAAUUUGCAGGGACUGCAGUCGUUCCAAGGCCAGGCCGGGUAUGAAUCGAAACCGUACUAUUCAGCUGCUCCACCAUCCCACCCUCAUUAUGCUACCCAGCAACCGUUGACUCAGGCGGGUAUGGCUUCAUAUGGGCAGGCGAUCCCAUCUCAUCCUUACAUCAAGAGCGAAAUGGGACCCCCUUCGAGCCGGACGCCUGGCGGCCAGCCUGAAGCGGAGGCACCUGAGGUGAAGCAGGAACGCUAUGCCCACACUAACGGACAUGUUGGCAGCAAUGGUGCCGAGUCUGUCCCAGAACACGAGCCGGAGUAUGUGCAGCACGAUAAUUCUGGGUACAACACCAACCGAGGCUCAUACACGUACACCACCAACACAUCGGUGGGUAGUCUGACCGGUGAUCACUCCCAGCUUACGCCUGAGAUCACGGGCUCUCCCACUCAGCAGAAUGGAUCUGGACGUAUGACGCCCCGUACGAGCGGCGGACCUCCCCCCUGGGCUCCGGGGUAUAAUACGCCCCCGCGUCCCGCAGCUGCGGGUAGCUUGUAUAACAUCGUGAGCGACACCCGGGGGACCUCGGGCAACGGCACAGCCUCUGACAAUUAUUCUGUCGCUUCCAACUCUGCUUCUGGAUACGCAACCGGGAUGAACGGCUCCCUAGGCUCGACUAAGCGAAUGCGGGACGACGAUGACGUGGAUCGGAUCCCUCGACCCGACAGCCGGGGUACGGAAUAUGAUAGCAAGCGUCGCAAGACGUUGAGCGAAUCCUCCGUCGGUGGUCCAGUGGGUGGUGUGCCUCUUGGACUGCAGCCCAUGAAAGCUGGCGGCGUCAUGGCUCGGCGUCGGUAAACCAUUCUGUGAAGGGCUGUUGUUGCCCACCCAGAACGGACGCUGCCGACCAAAACCGGACAUCCCAGGGAAAGACAAAACUGGUUGUGUCAUGGGGUAUUACUUCUCUUUCUUGGUGUGCAUUGUGAGCCUUUCACGUUACUGGCUUUUGUUUUUCUU